UCUAGAGUGUUCUUGAACCACCAAACCUUCUCCCAAUCUCCACAUUCGACAUGUCGUUCUUGUUUAUCAACAUCGAUGAUCGUUCCGAUUCGUCGUUUUACAAGCUAGAGUUUCUGUAAAUCCUAGCUUAUUUGCCUCAGUGUUUGAAGAAAAGCGAAUGGCUGAUAAGAACGAGCAAAACGACGAUCUGUACGGCGUUUUGGGGUUGAAGAAAGAAUGCACCAAAGCGGAGCUUAAGAAUGCGUAUAAGAAACUGGCUAUGAAAUGGCAUCCGGAUCGGUGUUCGGCUGCCGGAAACUCUAAGUUCGUCGAAGAAGCCAAGAACAAAUUCCAAACGAUUCAGCAAGCCUAUUCUGUUUUAUCGGACGCGAAUAAACGGCUGUUGUACGACGUCGGAGUUUAUGACGGCGAUGAUGACGAGGAUGAUAUGGGUAUGGGUGACUUCUUGACCGAAAUGGUUUCCAUGAUGGACCAAACUAACCCUAACCCUAAUGUUGAAAAUGGGGAAGAAAGCUUCGAGAAAUUGCAGGAAUUGUUCCAAGAAAUGUUAAACGAUGACGUGGAGGGAUUUCGACCGAGCUCACAUGCAAAUUAUGUGUCGUCUUCAUCGUCAUCCUCGUACUCCGAAUGUUCGAGUUCGAGUGACAACCGAAAUUUGUCGGGCAUGAACAACACCAACUCUUUUGAGGCUCACGUGCAAGGCUUCUCAAUGGGGAGCGGAGGAAAAUGCAGAGGAGGAGGAGGAGGAGGAGGAGAAGGGAGCAAGAGCAGGAAUUGGCGGAGGAAACGGUAGGACAAUAAGGACAAAAGUGGAAAACAGAGAUUUGUGGUGGGACGACUUGUCGGAUAUUCAACAGACGACAAUGGGAGUGGGAUUGGGAUUGUCGUCCAGAAGUCUCUGCCAAUCUAGUGGAAGCUGCCAUUGUUACAACGUGGGCGGAGGAAAUAUAUGAACAUAAUUUACUAAUAAUAUUUAUUGUUUUUUUUUUUAAUUUUUAAUUUUACCCCAAUGUUAUGUUAAAUAUAAGUUACUGUGAUCUAGAAUCUAAAUUCAGCAUCUGAUCGCCUAAUAUUACCAUACAUCCUCUACGACAUGGCCAUGUUACCUGCUUCUUACUUUUUACGAGUGGAAAUUAUCUGUAUAUACCAACAAGAGUUUUUUUCAACAUGUUUUGUACCGGUUCAUUCAUGUACCCCUCCUUUUCUCGAGUGUCACAUAUCCACAAACUUCUACAUGGUUAUGUUACCUAUUCUUUGCUUUUUAAGAAUGAAGACUAUUCUUAUAAAUAAACACGA